AUGACUCGUCUUCCAUCUUUCUGCAAAAUCUCUUCUAAUCUUCUUUACUCUUGUAAAAACCGUUCUCUGCCUCUCCCACCUCAGGUUGAAUUUUCCAGGAAAAAUGACCCAAAACCCGUUUUCGAUUACUCUUUACUCCGCCAUUAUCUAUCUAAACGCUGGCAUCAGGAAGCCCGAAACUUCCUUGAAAAAAACCAUGGGGUGGAUUUCCAUGAACGACUUGUGCUUUGGACUUCGUUGGUUUCCAAGUACUCGCGAGAGGGCUAUGUGGACGAGGCUCGAGUCUUGUUUGACAUCAUGCCUAGUAGAAAUAUUGUUACUUACAACGCGAUGUUAUCGGGUUAUCUCCAAUCCGGGCGGUUGAAUGAAGCUUGUCAGUUUUUUGAACAGAUGCCGUAUAAGAAUGUUGUUUCGUGGACUUCCAUGUUUCGUGGGCUGGCUGAUUCAGGGAGGAAUGACGAUGCAAGGAAGCUGUUUGAUGUAAUGCUUGAGAGGAAUGUUGUGUCCUGGAAUUCAUUAGUUACGGGGUUGAUUAGCAAUGGAAGGUUGGACGAAGCAAGGCGUGUGUUCGACCAAAUUCCUAAUAAAAAUCUAGUUUCUUGGAAUACUAUGAUUGCAGGUUACGCCAAAAAUGGUAGGAUGGAAGAAGCAAGAAUUUUGUUUGAUGAGAUGGAAUGCAAGAAUGUGAUAACUUGGACUAGCAUGAUAGCUGGUUAUUGUCGUGCGGGCGAAGUGGGAGAGGCUUAUAAUUUAUUCUGGUCAAUGCCGGAGAAAAAUGUUGUUUCUUGGACGGCCAUGAUUAGUGGGUUCACUUGGAAUGGCUUGUAUGAAGAGGGCUUGUUGCUUUUUCUCAGAAUGAGAUUUUCUGAUGUAAAACCAAAUGGAGAAACCUUCAUUUCUCUCGCUUAUGCAUGUGCAAGCUUAGGUUUUCUGAGUCUUGGCAAGCAGUUACAUGCUCAAAUACUUAUCAAAGGCUAUGAUCAAGAUGAUUUUGAUGGAAGGCUGUGCAGAAGUCUCAUUCAGAUGUACGCUGUGUUUGGUCUUAUGGAUUUGGCACACACGAUCUUUGACAAGAACUUGACUAGCUCUGACAGUCACUCUGUCAAUUCUAUGAUCAAUGGUUAUAUUAAGCUUGGUAUGUUGCACGAGGCCCAGACUCUGUUUGAUAAGGUUCCCGUCCGAAACAGAAUUGCAUGGACUUGCAUGAUUAAUGGCUAUCUUAAUGCAGGAGAAGUAUUGAAGGCAUGCCAUCUAUUUGAUACCAUGCCAGGCAGAGACGCCAUCGCAUGGACGUCAAUGAUUAAUGGUUACGUUCAAAACGAGCUAAUUCCUGAGGCCAUCAGCUUAUUUGCAGAAAUGAGGUCUGAGGGUGUUUCACCACUAAAUUCUACAUACUCUGUUCUUUUUGGAGCCAUGGGUGCGAUGUCAUAUCUUGACCAGGGACGGCAGCUUCAUGGUCUGAAAUCAAAGACAGUAUAUGAGGACAUAGUUUCUUGGAACUCCAUGAUCAUGGGCCUUUCAGAUCAUGGGAUGGCCAGUGAAACUUUAAAGUUGUAUGAAACCAUGCUUGAGCUUGGGAUUCACCCGGAUUCUGUAACAUUUCUGGGCGUCCUGACAGCAUGUGGUAACGCGGGGCUUAUUGACAAAGGGUGGGAAUUAUUUAGCACCAUGACUAAUAUUUAUGCACUUCAACCUGGUUUGGAGCAUUACAUUAGCAUGAUCAAUCUUCUGGGUCGAGCAGGAAAGGUGAAGGAAGCUGAGGAGUUUGUCUUGAAGCUGCCUAUCAAACCGAAUCAUGCCAUCUGGGGGGCACUGCUUGGGAUAUGCGGAUUGAGCAAAACAGAUACACAUGUUGCCAAGCAUGCAGCCAAACGACUCCUUGAGUUGGAUCCUUUGAAUGCUGCGGGCUAUGUGGCUCUUUGUAAUAUUUGUGCAACGAGUGGUAGGCACAUUGAGGGGACAGAUUUGAGGAGAGAGAUGAGUUUGAAAGCAGCGAAGAAGACGCCUGGUCGUAGCUGGAUCAUCUUGAGGGGAAGAGUUGAUGUUUUUUUAUCAGGGGAUAGAUUGGAUCCCCAAGUGGAAGAGAUGUUAUUUAUAUUAUCUGGAAAUGAGAUAGAUUGAACCAUCAAGUGGAAUCUAAAUGAGGUUGAAAGGUGAGAGAAGGCGGUAAUCCAUCUUCAAGCUCCAUUGAAACAGCCCAAUAAGGCUAUUUUCGCAAGUUCAACACAAACUAUUGAUACUUUGUUUGCACCUGGAGAGAAACUGGAGUCGUAUAAUUGAGGACGUACUCCCGGAUACUCACGGAGGCUUUUCGCUUGCCCUGUUUAGUUGCAGGAAGAAGCUGGCUCGGAGGCUUCUUUUGGCGGGAGUGCCAACAU